UAUAGCAAUUUCUGAUAAGAAAUGUAUAUUACUAUUAAUUUUUAAUCGAUUAUUGUUGGAUAUUACCUACAAACAUAAGUAUUCCUGAUUAAAAUGAGUUCAUUAAGGACUUGUUUACUAAGGUUUAAUAUUUUAAGUUCCCUGUCGUAUUAUAACCCUUCACAAAGAUUUUAUAAGCUGAAAAUAGGAAUUUCUAAGACCAAAAUGAUGAUUUGGAUCAAUUUAAGUUCAGUUACUUAGGAAAGUUCUCUAAAAGGGAUAUUUCUUUCCUGAAAUAUAAAUAUAGUAGAAUAAAGAGGUAAUAUGUGAAUAUUAUAGUAACUCAAUAAUAUUCAUAUAAAUAUACUUAAUAUGAAUAGUAAGGAAAUCUCCCGUUGUCAGAACAAGUGUUUGAGAAGAAACCAUCAGAUGGGGAAGCAUGUACUGUUUUCAUGCUUAUUACUGUUAAUAAACACAAAUGUAGAAAUUAUUCCUAAUGAACUCUUUAUAAAAAUUUUAAAAUGUAGUUAAUAUUCCUAAUGAAUAGUUUGCAAAAUUUUCAAAAUGUAGUUUCAAUAUUUGACAAAUGAAUCAUCACAUUUGAUGAGGAAAAGAGUACCAGAUGCUGGUGAUUUUUUGGAGUCGUAUUUUCUGGGAUUAUCAUGUUUGGUAUGCUCAGAACAGUUUUAUAUUCUCGUAUCGCAAACCAAAGCCUCGCCAAAUUUUCAAUGGUAUUUGCUAAUAUUCACAUCAUUUGUCACUUUGACAGUGGCCCUAAUAUUCUACGACGAAAGUCACCGUGAUCUAAUCAAUGGAAUUCAUUGUUAUCAUUUAUAUUUUUUAGCUAUAUUAGUUGUUUUUGUAUGGGUUAAAGUAACAUCGGUACUAGUUACAACCUCUGUUACAAUUGGAUUAGGAGCCCUAACAACGUUCCUAGUGAUUGAGGCAUGUGUUCACUACUCUUAUAAUGCAAAAUUAGUACUGUCGUUCCUUGGUGGUUUAUUAUCUGCCAGGUUGUUACCAAGUUUCUGUUGGAUGGUAACUCAGGAAGUAGAUGGUGAAUUACAGUCUAGAAAAAUGUCUUUAACAUUGGCUGUGGCUAGAUUGCUAUUCUGUUUCCUAUCAAUGUGUAUAAAAGUAAUGAAAGGAAAGAUUGGAUUUCCUCCCAACGAACCAGCCAAUCACGAAUAUGAUUGGAUUGUUUUGAGAACACGUAGCUUUAAACAAUUGUGCAAUUUUUAUUCUCAAAGGUUUAAUUCAAAUAAAGAUAAUGGUCAAGAUGAUAAUAAAAUUUUCAUUUUUAUUGGAUCAAUUUUGAGACAAUUUUUUCCUAUUUUAUAUUUUUAUUUGUGUAUUAUAUUGUUUGUACCCUUGUCCCCAGUUAUUAAUUCCCAUUUGAAUAAGAAAUCAAGUUUCAUCUACGCUCCUCAUGUGAUCAGUUCAUUAUCCAGACUUGAAAGUGCCUCCCACUUAUUUGGGUUUUGUGUUGGUAUCCUGAUUCCAGCUUCACGUAGUGCUAAUUUAGGUUUUUAUUCGAUUAAUAUUUUUAAUAUUAGUUUUCGUUUCCUUAUCCAAGUAUAUUUUUCGGUUUUUCUCAGAUUGUUUUCCAACUUUGGGAUUUACAUUGCGAUAAUUACCUUGUCAACUUUAGUUGGAUACGUCUGCUCAUAUGAUUUAUUUGUAGUCGUUAGUAAUACUCUUGUCCAAAAUUGCAAAGACCAGGAACAUUCUAAAUAUCCUUGUUGUGGAGAUAAGUUUCUUACUGAGUGCUAUUGUAGAUAUCCGGUAAUCAUUAAUAAAACAAAUAAGUGUUUCUAUCUAGAGGAUAACGCAUAUGCUUCAAAGCCAUAUCUAGCUAUUGUAGGAGAAGAUAAAUUAACCGAGUUUAUUCUCAGUAUUCCACCUUUAACUCAGUGUCGUAGUUCCAACAGAUUUUCAUGUUCUAAAUCAAAUGGUGAUGGUAAGAGUUUGGAUUAUUUAAAACAUGCUGAUAGUGCCAUUCUUUUGCUUCAAAAAGAAGUUGGAGGUGAUAUAAGAAAAAUAUGUGAACAACUGGGUUGUAACCAAAAUUGUUGUCAAAAUUGCGAUGAAAAAAGUUGCAACUGUCUAAAACUUAUUGGAAUUUACGAAAUAGAUUCGGUUACAACUAGUUCCUGUGAUGAUUGCCAGUUAACUGUUAGAAUUGAGGGAACGAAAUCAGACUCUUGCUCAAUUUGUGGAGGAGGUAGUGGAGGUUCUUGUGUUUGUAGUGGUGGAAAUGGAUCAAACUGUUGUAUAUGUGUUAAGUGUUGUCCUGGUACCCAGUGUACAGCCCCGUGUACUAACUGUGUUAAAUUAUGUCGAUGUGAAAAAUGUAAUAAAACUAAAGUUAAAAACGCAGCUAGGGUUUUCAUCUGUUAUACUCGGGAUCAAAAAUGCUGUAUAAGGGAGAUAAAGCCAAACACUACUCCAAAAUUUAGCGAAAAAUUGGAUGAGCAAAAGGAUUUUUAUAUUAAGAGUAUGUUUAUGUCAGAUUGCUGCCAUUCUAACAUCCAAGUUGACUUACAUUGUAAAAUUAAUUUCUUCCGGGUAACAGAGAUAAAAUAUUCCAAAAAAAAGAUUAAUCCAACCUGCAUCAAGCUUUGCAUAAAUGAUUCAAAAUGUUGUACACAACAAACAUCUGCUGCUAAUACCCAAACUUGUUGUUGUGUAGGCGUUCCUCUUCAAAGAGUAUUAGUUGAAUAUCCUGAUGAACAAAAACCUCAACCUUCAUGUUCUUGCCCAGAAGCAUGCAAGAAAUGCCGUUGCUGUCAAAAUGGUAAGUGUUGCUGUUGUACCGGUGCCGAACUUAAAAUCUCGACGGAAAAUUCAUAUGAAAAAACUAUGAACCCGGUGAAGAUUAAACUGAUUACAAUUUUCUGGAUACUAUUUUUGUUAAUAAUAUUACUCAGUUACCUCAUAAUGUCAUCAGUUAAGAGCAAACAGCUAAAGUACUACGAUUUUGACCCUGUAAGAUCCUACAAGACAAUUACUAAAUCAAUUAAAAGAACUAAUCUUAAUACGCCCGAUAGAGUAAGACGCAGGAUAGAUCAGUUUUUAAUGAUCUCAGGGCGGGGUAGUCAUGACUAUCAGGGUGAAUUAAAUGAUAUGCUUAAACUUUUGGAAUGCUCAUUUGAUCCUCGAGAGUUCAAAAUCAUUAAAAAUCAACUGGAUGAAGUAUCUUAUAAGCUUCUGAGAGAUCAUGAGUUCAUUCUUAGAGCAAGAAUUGAGAUGGUCACUUGGGGCUGUUGCCUGGGAUUUAUUUACCCCUACGUUGUUCAGAUGAUCCUUAGAAUCCAAGAUUAUUUCAUAAAUUGGGAAUAUGUCUGGGAAAAGGAGUACAAAUACUACAGAGGGAAGAUGGCAAAUAGAAUUAAUGAGUUUACAUACGAUUCUAAGUUUGGAGUAGCAGCCUUGACAGAAGUUGGAAUUGGACUUAAAACCAGAAUGUUAAUUGCCAACUCAAGAAAAGAUACGUGGGCCAACUUGUCUGAUAGUGUAGAAGGGUAUUUGGAUCUGUAUGACUCGGAAAUUGAGUUUAAAAAUGGAGAAUUUCCAAAGCCAAUGGAUGAAAGAUUAAAGUACUACGUUGACAUGUGGGAUAACAGAAUGGAACACCUUAAAGAGUGGAGUUGUUCAAACACUAACAUCUUCGACUGGUCAAGAUUCUUACAUGAUUACCCAGGCAUAAAAACGUGGAUAAGUAUGUUUGGAAGGUACAUUACACUGGCCUUGAAGGAAAUUAAAAUAAAUGAAAAGAGCUUUAACGAUGGAAUUGGAGUGUUUUUAAUUGAUAAAAUAAUCUAAAAUUUUAAAAUU